AUGUCUCUAAAGUGGCCCGACGUCAAAGCUGAGAGCGAUGCCUUCGCGGCGGAGGUCAAGGAGAUUGAGGCGUGGUGGGAGACCGAUAGGCAAAAACACAUCAAGAGACCAUACACAGCCAAAUCUAUCGCCGCUUUGAGGAAUGUUGGAUUUAAGAUCGACUAUCCCUCCAGUGUUCAGGGAAGGAAGCUUUGGCGCAUCCUGAAUGAGCACAACGACAAUGGCACAUACGAACUCACAUUCGGAACAACUGAGCCCCUGAUUGCCAAGGAGAUGGCAAAGACAAUGCAAACUGUGUAUGUCUCUGGCGCGCUUUGCGGGCUAUCACAAGCCACCUGGCCCGGUGAAGACCAUGCCGACUAUCCUGCCGACCUCGUGCCAUCUGUCGUCAAGCGAAUCUUCAACACCCAGCUCUUCCACGACCAGCGACAGACACAGCUGAGAAUGAGGUACAGCGAAGCCGACCGUGAGGCGCUCGAGUGCAUCGAUUACAUGCUGCCCAUUGUUGCCGACGCUGAUAUGGGAUUUGGCACAUUGACUGGAUGCAUGAAGCUGACAAGGAGCUUUGUAGAGGCCGGUGUCGCGAUGAUCCAUAUCGAUGAUCUGGCAAUGGGUCUCAAGAAGUUCACCAAUGGCGAAGGGCGGACUAUCGUGCCCACGUCAGACUACUUGUCCAGGCUGACCACUGUGAGAAUGACUUUCGACAUUAUGGGGUGA